AUGAUGCAAAUUGUGUCCCCCAUCUAUGUGCCUGAACAUGAAUUUGAGGAUCUCAGUUUCUUUCUUCAAUACCCUAUGGAUUUUCUUCCAUCUCCAUUUGACAACAACUACGAAACUACACCAAAUUCUUUACCACUCGAAACUCAACCUGAUGAUCACUACGUUGCUCAAAAUAGACCAACCAAGAAGAUCAAGACAUUAAUUGACACUAAACAAACCAAAGAUCACUUGAUAGCCUCAAACCCUAAACCUUCUUCGUAUUCAUCACCUCAACUCAUUUCUUUUGAGCACUUCAAUGCAACACCAGUUUCUUCUCAGCAAUUUUACAGCUAUGAUUAUUCCGAUGUAAAGCCUAAACUCGAGAAAGGGUGUAAUGAAAACAAAGAUUUUUCAGCAAAUUAUGAUUACGGAACGAGUAAGACAAGGAACACUACUCAAGCAAAGGAACAUGUAAUGGCUGAAAGAAAACGAAGAGAAAAGCUCACCAGAAGUUUCAUUGCUCUUUCUGCCAUCCUUCCUGGCCUCAAGAAGAUGGAUAAGGCUUCUGUGUUGGGAGAUGCAAUAAUGUAUAUGAAAAAACUACAAGCACGUUUGCAUACUCUAGAGGCACAAGUUGAAGACAACAAAAAAACUGGAUCUGCAAUUCAAGUGAAGCGAUCUGUUAUCUUCUCCACUGAUAAUAAUCAUGAUGAUGACAGCAACUCCAACAACUCCAACAACCAGACACUUCCUGAAAUCGAAGUAAGAGUUUCAAGAAAAGAUGUACUCAUCAAAAUUCAAUGCGACAAACACAGUGGACGUGCCACUACCUCUACGGUACUCGGAAAAUUAGAAACCCUAAAUCUCACUGUCCAAAGUACUAACUUAUUGCCCUUCGGAAACAACAUUGUUGAUCUAACUAUUGUUGCUCAGAUGAACGAGGAAAACUGUGUGACAGCGAAGGAUCUAAUGGGAAGCAUACGACAUGCAUUAAUCUUCAAUAAAUAA